AUGACCAAAACAGAUGAACUGAAAAUCUCAAAUAGUACACUUACUCAGUAUAGCACAACAACAAUACAGUAUAGGAAUAAUGAUGAUAACGGUCAUGGUAAUAAAUUAGUGCCACCAAAUACAGAAAUAUCAUUAACAGAUACAAUAGUUGCAAUAACAGUAGCAGUAUUGGCCUGUGUAGUUCUUAUUACUUUGGUUUUAAUAAUAAAAACUGUUAAACAACGAAGGAGAGAACGUCAAGGCAAUCAAUUAGAUCAUAUUCCAACUAUUUCUACUGGCAUAAUGGGUACAGGUGUAGCUGCUUACAACAAUACAAAUACGCGAAGUAUGACAACUGAUAGUUUUGACCAACCAAGUAGUAGCAGAAUAACUUGGGAACCCAUCAAUACUCUACCAUCAUCUUCCAAUAGCUUACAAUUACCACCACCUAGAGGAGAUAAUACUAUAUAA